CAUUUUUUUCGCUUUUGUUAGAAACUUGAUAUGAAAUUUUCAAACAUUUAUUUAAAGCAUGGCGGCAAAUUUCGCCAUAUUUGGUUUAAUACUGAAAUGACCAAUCAGUGAAAAGUUAAAAUUAGAGAAGGAGGAUCUCCAUGAAACUUCAUUCAGUAGCAUUUCAACUUUAAACUAAUCAAUGGACAAAAUAUGUAGACUAAACAGUCUAACAGUACUUUGAAUUCUGUUUGAGUUUUCGUGAAACAUUUAUUCAAUUUUUGAUAAUUUUGUGUAUUAUUCAAUAGUUUCUGACUUAAAAUAGUUAUAAAAUUACUUCAAAAUGGGAAAACGUCAGCAUCAGAAAGAUAAAAUGUAUUUAACAUAUACCGAGUGGACAACAUUGUAUGGUGGAAGAAAAUCAGGAACGAAUCUAGAAACGAGUGAAGAGAAAACAUUUAGACGUCUACCAUACGAUCAUUGUUGUGUGUCUCUGCAGCCCUUUGAGCAUCCUUACUGUGAUCCACAUGGGAAUGUGUUUGAGCUAGAAGCUAUUUUGGCCUAUCUAAAACAAUAUAAACACAAUCCUGUAACUGGAAAACCAUUAGAUGCAAAAAGUUUAAUCAAAUUAAAUUUUCAUAAAAAUAUAGAAGAUGAAUAUCAAUGUCCUGUUCUUUUUAAAUUGUUCACGAAACAUUCACACAUUGUUGCUAUUAAGAACACAGGAAAUGUAUUUUCUUAUGAAGCUGUUGAACAGUUGAACAUAAAAGCUAGAAACUGGAAAGAUUUACUAAAUGAUCAACCAUUUGCACGCCAAGAUAUUAUUACAAUUCAAGAUCCGAAUAAUGCAAUGAAAUUCAAUUUAUCUACAUUCCAUCAUAUUAAGAAUAACAUAAGAGUAGAAGAUGAAGAAACUGUAAGAGAGAGAAACAAUCCAAAUGCAAAAUUAAAAACUGUCUCUAUGGAAACCAAAGAGAUCCUAGCAGAAUUAGAGAAAGAUUAUAAACCGACAAAAAAUAGUGAAAAAGAUGAACCAUCUGUAAAAGCUGACAAAUUUAAUGCUGCACAUUAUUCUACUGGAGCAGUAGCCGCUGGCUUUACUUCAACAAUAAUGCCAGCAGAAACUACCCAUCAAGCAGCUAUAAUUUCAGAAGAUUUGGUGCGAUAUGAGAAAGUCAAGAAGAAGGGAUAUGUAAGAUUUCUUACAAAUUUUGGUGCUUUGAAUUUGGAGCUCUAUUGUGAUCUAGUUUCAAAGACAUGUGAGAACUUCAUGAAACACUGUCAGAAUGGUUAUUAUGAUGGUACAAAGUUUCACAGAUCAAUAAGAAAUUUUAUGAUUCAAGGAGGUGAUCCGACCAACACGGGUAAUGGUGGCAAGUCUAUUUGGGGCAAACCGUUCGAGGACGAAUUUAAACCGAACUUGAUACAUCAAGGGAGAGGCAUUUUAUCUAUGGCAAAUUCAGGUCCAAAUACCAAUGGAUCUCAAUUUUUCAUCACGUUUCGGUCGUGCAGACACCUCGAUCGCAAACACACAGUCUUUGGGAAAAUAGUCGGAGGUCUGGACACAUUAAACGCGAUCGAAAAGGUGGAGGUGGAUAAUAAAGAUCGACCGAUAGAAGAUAUAGUUAUACAAGGUGUUCAAGUCUUUGUAGAUCCUUUCCAAGAAGCCGAUGAGCAACUCGCCGCAGAACGAGCUGCUGAAGCGGAACGAUUAGCUCAAGAAGCGAAUCAAAGCAAAACAACGGAUAAAAAGGAUAACGAUAUUCAGAAAAUUUACCGAUCUGGCAUAGGAAAAUAUGUGAAAUUGGAACACGAGAAAGUGGACAAGCGAGACACGAAUGCUGCUGAACCUGCUACAAAAAAGAAAAAAGUUCUAUCGCAGUCCUAUGGAGAUUUUUCUUCUUUUACAUUUUAAUCUAUUUUGUCAUGAAAUGUGUAUAUAGCAUAAUGUAUAUAGUAGAUUAUAUCCAAAUUACUAUAUAUUUUUGUUAAAUUUUAUAUACAUAUAUAUAAUUUAACAAAAUUAUAGUAUAUGAAAAUACUUGUAAAGAAUAUAUCUGGAUCAUCUGCAUUAUGAUUUCAAAUCAGUUGACAAUUUGGUAUCUAUAAAGUUUCUGGCACAUAUGUUCAUUGGUAUAUGAGAUAUAUAAUAAGAAAGCAUUGCGUGCCGAUCCUUGGCAUUCGAUCUUGGCUCUUUCAAUUAUCCUCAGAAACUAAAACGUUCAAUUUGUUCCUUAAGACCAAACAUAAGUAAUAAUUAUCGACGAGGAAAUGGCAUGAAAAAAAUGUUAAACAUAUAUGAACAGCUAUGUGAUCAAUGGCUGAAAAUAUAAUCCGCAAGAAAACUUGCAAAACAUUGAGAGAUUAAAUAAAUCAUAUUUAUUAAUAUUGUUUAUA